AUGGCAAAAAAGCUGCUGAAGAGAAAGCGCGCAGCGGCUCCAAGCGCAGGAGCUCCGGAGGAGGCAAGCGAUGGCCAACUCGCAACACCGGUGAGACGGAAGAAGCGCAGAGUUGCUUCCAAAUCUGGCGGGGAGCCCACUGCAGACCCUGCGCCGAAGCCUGCUGCAGAGCCUGCCACAGAGCCGGCGCCGGAGCCUGUGCCAGAACCAGAGCAGCUCCAGGAGCCAAAGGUGGACAGGAAGGGCAUCGUGCACCUCGCUUCGAUACCUCUUUGCAUGGGCAUCCAGAAAUUGCGCCACAUCAUGGAGCAAUUUGGUGACAUCGGCCGUGUGUACCUUGCUCCCGAGGAAAAGUUCCGGCAGCAGAACCGGAAGCGCGCUGGUGGCAGCCGAAAGCUCCGCUACACAGAAGGCUGGGUGGAGUUUGCGGAUCGCCGGGUUGCCCGCCGUGUAGCUGAAAGUUUGAAUGCUACCACAAUUGGCGGGAAGAAGCGACACAACUUCUUCCGAGACGACAUUUGGAACAUUCGUUACCUACCAGGGUUCAAGUGGCACAUGCUCAAGGAGGGCACCAUCUACAAUCAGCAAGUGCGAAAAGCACGCCUGCAGCAGCGCAUGAGCCAGGCGCAACGCGAGAACAGCUACUACUUGGAGAGCGUAGAGAAGGCCCGGACCAAAGAGAAGGUGGCCGCCCGCCGUGCUGCGAAGGGCAAGAGCCCAAGCGCUCUUCAAACAGGGCAGGAAGAGCUCGGUCGACCUGCUGAGCUACGCCGGGCCCCGCUGCCCAGUGGACCGGGCGCGAUAUCUGAUAGGGUCCUGAGCAAGCUCCUUUAG